AUGUGGUGCAGGAGGCUGGGGUGGCUCUUCAGGGCACCGUCCCACCCCAGGGGAAGCACAAGACCUGGCUUGCCGUGGCUGCCCCGUGACAGAAGGACCGUCCCCGCUGCUCCAGCUCGCUGCCACCACACGGCCCCAGAGUCCCUCAAGUGUGCCUGGCAGUUACAUGGUGACCAUCUAGAGCUCAGGUACGCAAACACCCUGAUGCGCUUCGAUUUCGUCUGGCUGCGGGACCACUGCCGCUCGGCCUCCUGCUACAACGCCAAGACCAACCAGCGCAGCCUGGACACGGCCAGCGUGGACCUGGCCAUCAGACCCAAGGCCGUCCGGGUGGACGAGACCACACUCUUCCUCACCUGGCCGGACGGGCACGUGACGCGCUACGGGCUGGAGUGGCUGGUGAAGAACAGCUACGAGGGGCAGAAGCAGCAGGUCAUGCACCCCCGGAUCCUCUGGAACGCAGACAUCUACCGGCAGGCCCAGGUGCCCUCUGUGGACUGCCGGAGCUUCCUGGAGACAGACGAGGGGCUGAAGGAGUUCCUGCAGAACUUCCUGCUCUACGGGAUUGCCUUUGUAGAGAACGUCGCUCCCACCAAAGAGGACACGGAAAUCUUGGCAGAAAGGAUCAGCUUGAUCAGGGAGACCAUUUAUGGCAGAAUGUGGUACUUCACCUCCGAUUUCUCCCGGGGAGACACAGCCUACACCAAGCUGGCUCUGGAUCGUCACACAGACACCACCUACUUCCAGGAGCCCUGUGGCAUCCAGGUGUUCCACUGCCUGAAGCACGAGGGCACGGGCGGGCGGACGCUGCUGGUGGAUGGUUUCUAUGCAGCAGAGCAGGUCCUGCGACAGGCCCCCGAGCAGUUUGAGCUGCUCAGCAAAGUGCCCCUGAAGCACGAGUACGUUGAGAACGUGGGCGACUGUCACAACCACAUGAUCGGAGUUGGGCCCGUCCUCAAUGUCUACCCCUGGAACAACGAGCUCUAUCUGAUCAGGUACAAUAACUACGAUCGGGCUGUCAUCAACACGGUGCCGUACGACGUGGUGCAUCGCUGGUACGCCGCGCACCGCACGCUCACCGCCGAGCUCAGGAGACCAGAAAAUGAGCUCUGGGUCAAGCUGAAGCCAGGCAAGGCACUCUUCAUCGAUAACUGGCGUGUCCUGCACGGGAGGGAGGCCUUCACGGGGUACCGCCAGCUCUGCGGCUGCUACCUGACGAGAGACGACGUGCUCAACACGGCGCGCUUGCUGGGACUGCAGGCUUAGCCCCCACCACCCCAGGGACCUCCAGCCCUGCCGUGGGGGGGUGUCACACAGACCUCAGACACCUCCACCCUUUUCAAGCCGUUCUCGGUGGAAACCAAAGGUUACGGGAGCUUUUGGGGACCAUGUUCUGCCUUCGAGCGUGGCCAGCUCUUGCUGUCCCUGCAUCCAGCCUGGUCUUUCCAGUCUGUGUGUCCCAGCUCUGCUGGGUCAGGGUUAAUCCCACCAUGGGACUGUUCUCCCAGCACCUACUGAAGUGUUCCUCCAAUCAAGUGCCUUCAGGAUUUGAAAUAUUUGUGGUUUUCCCUGUUGUUCAGCCUGUCUGUCAGCUGGCCGGUCUAGGUGGGGUGUUUUUAGCAGAGCAGAAUGGAAAUCUCUGGGGUCUUGUCUCACCUCAGGCUGGACUUUAACCCUUGUAGAGAAAACGCAAAUCUCUGGUGCCUAUUUGAUGAAAAUACCACUACUCAGCGUGAGGGCUGUUGGUGUA